AAGAACAAGGGACACGUAUUACUAUCCCUAGCCCAUAAGCGAAGAUAACCCUAUGAAAUGCAGCAAGACGAUUAACCAACCACAUGAUUCUCUCAUUUCAUCCUCUCUCUCUCUAUCUCUCCUCUCUCUCUUGUUGAUGUAGGAAUCUUGUUGGCAUCUGAAAAUGGAUAUUCAGAUUCGAGUGGGUGGCAUAUCAUCUCGCAGCCGAGCUUUCUGUUCCAGAAACAGCAACUCUCAGCCUCAGGACCCCAAACGAAACGGCAACAGGGAGGAGGGUGGUAAGUUCUCAACGGACUGGGACAAGGCCUGGACAAGCUUCAAGAAGCGAGGGAAAAACAACCUCUUCUCACAGUUUUCUCCAAACAAGUAUGUGAGCUGGAACCCUAAGCGAUCAAACUACCCUCUCUCAGAGGAGAUUGAUCCCAUCAAGAAAACAGAGAGGUCAAAUCUAAUGUUAUGGACAAGUCCAAGAUUUACACUUGCAGGAGCAAUUGUCCUGGUCACAUUUCUUUUGGUCUACACCAUCCUUUCACCGGUUAAGUGAUGAUUUUACUCUCUGUUUUUUUUUUCUGGCAUGGUUCUGUUACCCUCUGCUCUAGGUCCCCAUGUAAAGUAAAUGGGAUGCUUCAAUCAAAUGGGUUUGUAAAUUAUUGUUCAUCUUACCUCAAUCAAAUGGGUUUGUAAGUUAUUCUUAGUUUUGGGUUAUUGGAUUCUUGAGGAUACGUCAGGGGUUCGUACGACUUUGUUCUUCCUCGAGGUGUCACACUUUAUGAUACUUAUGCCCAAGGAACAAAAUCUGUUGUGGA